AUGGUUGCAGGAUUUUCUACAUCAAAUUUACUUAGAAAAGAACACUGCGGUGAAGUUACAGCUCUCGUUAGGGUGUACAGCUUGAAUGAAAUGUCAGUUACAUAUGAUACCUAUGAAGAGGCGAACAAACUUAUACAGGUCCACUUCAACGAUAUCCUUAACAGGACAGACUUACUUCUCUGGCUUGGAGAUAAAUGUCGAAGCCGAACCCUAACCCUUGAGUGGAUAUUACAGCAGGCAGAGAAAGUCUGUCCUCGUCCACAUCAGAUCAGGAGUCUUAUUGAACCAAGCGGUGUUGUUUGUCAACAAGACGGGAAAGUCACUCUACUUACAAACAAAUUCCUGGAGUCCUUUGUAAGGGUGAACAAGUCAAACGAAUGUGCGGCCUCUAUGACAACUAUACAGAGUCAGUGCGAGUUUGAUGGUUUGUUGAAAAGAGUCAUCCCUCUGAAUUUCAAUCAAACAUUGGACUCGCAAAUCGAUUAUCAAACAAGAAUGAACGUAGCUGCUAUUCGUUGUGCCCUGCCUCAGCUAGAACGACUGUCUCCAGGAUGUGGAAGUGUGAGAGACCUACAGAGGUACCACCUGGUAUUGAAGCUCACACAGAAACAACCACUGCAGCUCCGAGGGGAAGUGGAUUUCGAAAAAUUCUCAGACGUCUUCACUUAA